AUGAUGGAAAAUAGAGAGAAACCAACCAUUCUGCUCAUUCCGGGUGCUUAUCAUCAAGGAAGCGCCUUUGAGCCUGUCGCCACCAUCCUUCGACAACAAGGAUACCAAGCAAAGACCAUAACAUUACUAUCAGCUGGUGGGCCUGCAUCAACGACUGUCCAUGAUGACGCUGAAUACAUUCAAAAAUCGUAUCUAGAUGAGCUCGUGUCUCAAGGAAAAGAAGUCAUUCUGGUCCUGCACUCAUAUGCCGGGGUUCCGGGCACCGAGAGCGUCAAAGGUCAUGCCCGUAAAGACCUCGUCGCGCAGGGCAAGAAGGGCGGCGUUGUGGGUCUUGUAUAUCUAGCUGCAUUCCUCAUUCCUGCGGGAGCAAGCGUCGAGACUAUUGUGCCUGGAGGUUUGGACCCUCUCAUGACAUUGGUAGGAGACAUGAUGCAACCCAAAAAUCCGAGAGAGACUUUCUACAGCGAUCUCGGAGAUGAAACUGCUGCCAAGCACCUUGCUGCGUUGAUACCCCAUGCGCCAGAGUCAAUGCGCACCCCGUUAACCUAUGAGGCCUACCGGGAUGUAUCCACUAGUUAUAUCAUAUGUACCAGGGAUGCAGUUUUCCAGGCUGUUGCGCAAAAAAGGAUGGCUGAUUCCCCUGGGGAAGGCGUUGUACGCAAGUACGAGGUUGACGGAGGACACUGUGCAAUGCUGGGUCAGUCGCAAGCGGUCGCUGAUGUGAUUCAUGAUGUUGCGACGAGGGUGGCUGCUGCUUGA